CUCCUCUUAAUCUUUUUAUCUUUCACUUUCAUGGCGUUUUUCUUUCUUCACCUAAAUUUUUCAUUUUCUCUCUCCUCUUUCUGCAACUAGUAAGUCGGACCACUUGUACUACUAGUAUACCACGCCACAAAAUCUCUCACUUCUCUCCUCAUUUUUCUCGCCACUUUCUCUCUCCUCUUUCUUCUUCAGCAUUUUUUAUUUCCUUUUUUUCUUCACUCGGUGAGUUUUUUAUUUUUUUAUUUAUUUUUUUUCUUCGCUCAACAAUGAUUCGCAUCAUCAUCAUGUGGUUUCUCAAUAUGAUCAAGAAGCAUCUGUCUCGUCUGAUGGCUUGGGGAAACAUAUAUAAGAGGCGCAUCAGAGUCUUUACCUUAGCCUUAAUAAUUUACCUGGAUUAUAAGGCUUUGCAGAAGAGAAGUAAAUGGAUUAAAAACAAAUCUAAAAAGGCUUCUGUAUGGAAGAAGGCUCAUGAACGCAAUGCUAGGCGUAUACUUAAAUUUAUGAUACAAAUGGAGGGUUUGUGGGUAAAACUUGGGCAAUAUUUGUCUACACGUGCUGAUGUUCUUCCUGAGCCCUAUAUACAGCUUCUCAAACAGCUACAGGAUUCCCUUCCUCCCCGACCCGUAAAUGAGGUCCGUAAUACUAUCGAGGAGGAGUUCGGAAAACCGGUGGAGGAGCUGUUCUCAGAAUUUGUAGAAGUACCCCUGGCUACAGCAUCCAUAGCACAGGUUCAUCGUGCUACACUGAGAAAUGGACAGGAAGUGGUGGUCAAAGUUCAGCAUGAGGGUAUUAAGCAUGUCAUAUUGGAGGACUUGAAGAACGCGAAGUCAAUUGUUGAGUGGAUAGCAUGGGCUGAACCUGUUUACAAUUUCAACCCCAUGAUAGAUGAAUGGUGCAGAGAAGCACCAAAAGAACUUGAUUUUAACAUUGAAGCUGAUAAUACCAGAAAGGUGGCCAGCAAUCUUGGUUGCGACAAGAAAAAUAAUGAUACUGAGGUCACCAAUGAUGUUGAUGUUCUGAUUCCGGAAGUUAUACAGUCAACUGAGAAAGUGAUAAUUUUGGAGUACAUGGAUGGGGUUCGCUUAAAUGAUUUUGAUGCUCUGCAAGCACUCGGUGUUGAUAGAAAAAGACUUGUGGAAGAAAUUACACGUGCAUAUGCCCACCAAAUCUAUGUUGAUGGAUUCUUCAAUGGCGAUCCACAUCCUGGGAACUUUCUUGUGAGCAAACAAUAUCCGCACCGUCCAAUUUUGCUAGACUUUGGCCUCACAAAGUCACUUCCAACCACUACAAAACAAGCUCUGGCAAAAAUGCUUUUAGCAGCUGUGGAGGGAGAUCAUGUGGCACUUUUGUCUGCAUUUGCAGAAAUGGGACUCAAGCUGCGCAUGGACUUACCCGAGCAGGCAAUGGAGGUGACAACAGUAUUCUUCCGUAACUCAACUCCUGCUAGUGAAGCUGCUGAAACAUUAAAAAAUUUCAGUGAAGAAAGAGCAAAAAAAUUGAAGGCCCUCCAGGAAAAAAUGCAACUUGAUGACAAAGAAGUUAAACGUUUUAAUCCUGUUGAUGCCUUUCCUGGAGAUAUAGUGAUAUUUUCACGGGUGCUUAAUCUUUUAAGAGGUCUUUCUGCCACUAUGGAUGUUCGUAUUGUCUACUUUGAUAUCAUGAGACCAUUUGCCGAGUCUGUUUUAGGCGGAAUCAUUAAUAUGGGUCCAGAAACAAAUAGACAAUGGCUCUGUGACACUCCUGUACGUUCAGACGUGGAGAGAAAGCUGCGGAAGCUCCUGAUCGAUCUGGGAAAUGCCGGAAAGAUACUUGGAGUUCAGAUUUGUGCCUACAAAGAUGGGGAAGUCAUCAUCGACACUGCUGCUGGAGUGCUAGGAAAGUAUGAUCCCCGUUCAGUCCAGCCUGAUUCACUGUUUCCUGUCUUUUCAGUGACAAAGGGUAUCACAGCAGGAUUGAUACAUUGGUUAGUCGAGAAAAGAAAAUUAAGGUAUGAUGAAACUAUUGCUUCUAUUUGGCCUGAAUUUGCAUCAAACAACAAGGAUAUGAUAAAGGUUCAUCAUGUUCUUAAUCAUACAUCUGGUCUCCACAAUGCAUUGGCCAACAUCAUGAAAGAAAGUCCUCUAUUGGUAUCUGAUUGGAAUGAGUGUUUGCAACAAAUUGCUCAGUCUACUCCUGAGGGGGAGCCUGGUCAACUACAGUUGUAUCAUUAUCUCUCAUUUGGAUGGCUAUGUGGCGGAAUUGUUGAGCGUGCAAGUGGGAGGAAAUUCCAGGAGAUUCUUGAAGAAGCAAUCAUACGUCCACUAAGUAUUGAGGGCGAGCUGUAUAUUGGGACUCCCCCAGGAGUUGAAGAUCGACUAGCAGCACUUACUCUGGACACCGAUGAUCUCAAGAAACUGUCUGCUUUAGAUGCCCGUUCUGACUUGCCUUCCACCUUCCAACCAAGUCAAAUUGCUCAGGUUGCUACUGCGCUCCCAGCCCUCUUCAAUUCUCUUUUUGUCCGCCGUGCUAUCAUACCUGCUGCUAAUGGACACUGCUCCGCUCGUGCUCUUGCACGUUAUUAUGCUUCGUUGGCUGAUUUUGGAACUAUUCCAAAACUUCCCUCCUCGUCACCGCCCCUUGGCAGCCACACCCAUAUCCCAAAGUUUCCAUCUGAGAAGCUUCCUAAGAGAGAGACCAGCACCCAUAAGAAGCGUCUAAAUCUGGUUUCUCUAUGCAGAACCAUGAUGUCUGAAAAUUUUAGUUAUGAAAAAGGUAAAAAGACUGCCAAGGGUCCCACUUAUGAUAGGGUUCCAAGUGACGAGGGUAGUAGCGGUAGCGAUAGCAGUCAUGCUGAACAAAAACUUGACAGUGAUGUGAAUGGUGAUGAUCAUGAAAAGACGCCUGAGAAACUUUUCACCAACCCUGGAAUUCAUGAUGCCUUCAUGGGUCUCGGAGAAUAUGAGCAUUUGGCCUUGCCAAAUGGAGAUUUCGGGCUAGGAUUUAAGCGGAUAACUUCCGCUGAUGGAUCCAUUAUUGGCUUUGGUCACUCAGGAAUGGGUGGGUCAACUGGUUUCUGUGACAUCAAAAAUAAAUUCUCAAUUGCCAUUACCCUAAACAAAAUGUCAUUUGGGGCUGUCACUGGAGAGAUUAUUCAGCUGGUUUGCUCAGAGUUGAAUCUCCCUUUACCAAAGGAGUUGAAAGGUCUGGAAGGAAAUUUAGAGCUAAAUUCUGGAAGGCCUUUGAUUAAUUGAUUUCCUCUCUUGUGAAUUGUGAUCAUAAAAAAAGUUUUGUUGUGCGUUUUGAGUUUCUGUUCGUAUUGAUGUAUAUUUAUCAGAUCUGAAGCUGAAGAUUAGCGGAAGCAAUUGUAUAAAGAUGACGGAUGCUACAAGCAAAGUUGUAUAAAUUUCUUGAUAAACAAUUUUAUUAAUUAAA